UGAUGUCAAAAGAUCGGCAAGUGUGAAGUGAUAUCGUCAAAGGUGCGGUGCUACUCAUGAAAAGUGAUUGAGAUUAAAGUGAAUUGGUCGCACAGGAGUUUGAGUGCGGUUGUGUGAGAGGGUAAGAGCAAUGGCAACAGACAUUCUGAUUUCGAGGAGCUUUAAGUGAUCGAGUGGAAUCCUUGGUGGAGGAGAUGAAGUUGGCGGAGGGUGGGAGAGGGUGGCAUUAUUUCCGGACGAGCUUAUCGGCGCAACGAAUGGCGAGAUGAACAGAUGGUUCUACUUACGCUUGUCCGGCGCGCUCCUUAUCAACCUGGGAAGACGGAUCCUCCACGAGGCGGCCGACUGGUUCGCCAGCGUCCGCAAAACGAUUUUUUACGCCAUGCACUCGCCCUUCACCCGCUCCAGAGCUCGCCCCCCGAGCUCCCCCGCUCCGUUGCCCAAUAGGACACCAGAGAUUCAACGGAUGUAUUUCUACCACUCUGUUGAUAGAUUACGCGCUGUACAGCUUGUCUCUAAAGGUGAGGAUGGCUGUUAUUUGGUUCGGCCGUCAUCCAGCCCAUCGUCAUUGACGCUGACACUAUGGAACUCUGGUCAGGCAUACAACAUACCUAUUCGAUCAAGGCCGGAUAGACUUUAUGCUCUAGGAACUCGGAAACCAAGAGAACUGUGCUUCCCCUCAAUUUUGGACCUGAUCAAAUAUUACGAAAAAAAUCCUAUCAUUGUAGCAGAUGGAGGAUCCUGUCGAGCACUCAGGGAGGUGAAACUUACAAAAUCGCCGCCAAAACAGGAUUUCUGAUGAAAACUUGUCGGCAAAAUUCGUUUCAGCACUUUACUCCACAUUCAAGAGAGAAAGAGAUUCAAAGCUACAAAGGGCCAAGGGCUACUAUGGGCUUGUCUUCCACACAAAGAAGCACAUCCUGAUGGCGCUGUUUUGAUAUUUUUGCAAAGAUUUAAUUUUUUCAAGGGAGAACCGAUGCAUGUAUUUGUCUAACAAUUUUAAAAUCUUCUCCUACUAAAGUGAGGAAAAAUCACAA